AUGGCAACGCUGAUGAUGCCUCUUGAAGAUAACAACACCCCUGAUUAUGGAGACUUUGUGGGCUCUGACGACGAAUGUGAGGUCGAGGAUCUUGCUGAACCUCUAAACCGAUAUUUUGAGGGCUUAUACUACCCGAUAUGCAUCGGAGAUGUCCUCAACGAGAGAUAUCGCAUCGAGCAUAAACUUGGCCACGGCGGCUACUCCACUGUCUGGAUGGCAUACGACUUUCAGAUGAAGAAUAAUGUGGCCCUCAAAAUUCAUGUUCCUGGAAGCGAAGGAGAAAACGAGCUGAAACUCCAGAAUGAAAUCAUUCUGCGUGUACAAAACACCUCGAAUCUUCUUACGUACGAAAAUUUCUUCUACCUGCGAGACCACGACAAACAGAUGCACCUGGUCUUAGUUUUCCCAGUGUGGGGUCCGAGUCUCGGUUCCUGUUUUUUGAUGCAGAUGUCAAUAGUUGCUCGAAUCUCAGCCGCGAAACAGUUGUUGAAAGCCCUGGAAAGUCUCCAUGACGCUGGAAUCGUUCACCGGGGCAAGUCAAUUCCACCUCGCUACAAGUUUUCAUACAUGCUAAUAUAUUCUAUAGACUUGAAUAAUCGAAACAUCAUGUGGGGUAUCCGUUCUUUUGAGAAAAGCAAUACAGAUACGAUAUACGAGUAUCUCGGCAGGCCACAAAAGAUCAAGUUAUAUCUACCUUCCGGGAUACAAGCAGAGAUUGUUAAACCAGUCACAGUCUCUGAGGAUUUGCUCCGAGAUACUAUCUGCCUCGGCGACUUCGGGCAUGCAAUUAAUGUAGGCACUUCUGUAACGCCCAAAUUCCAUGCGCCUUUUGAGUAUUGUGCCCCGGAACUGUUGCAUGAUAAGGAUCUAGGUCUUGCCAGCGAUGUAUGGAGCUACAUGUGCCUUUUCUUAGAACUCUUUCUCGGAGUUCGCCUUUUCUACAGAAACGCGAGUUCCUCAGUUAUCUCGGAUAUGGUUGAGCUCCUAGGCCCGCUGCCUAAGCACUGGAAAGGCGAUUAUAAAGGUUUCGGCGUGAGCGAUGAUUCGUGGUAUGAUCAGAGCAGAAAGGCCUCUGAUCGCCUCGACGUUUUGAUCAGACGUGUGAGACCAGAUGUUGGUGACACGGAGAAAGGCCAUAUACUAUCUAUUAUGUCUAAGGGAUUUUGCUAUCUACCAGAAUCUCGUAUUUCUGUAAAGCAACUUCAACAGGAUCCUUCAUUCAGAGCCGUCAUGGAGAUAUACAAGCAGUAA